AUGGAGCGGCUGUUCGCGCUGGAGCUGCUGGUGGAGGCGCUGCGGGUGGCGGAGCCGGGCCCCGCGGAGCUCCAGGGACCCGCUGUUCACCCGGCUGUGGCACUGCGCCUCUUGGACUUCCCCACCCUCGUGCUGCGCCCUCCCGCCGCCGCGCCGCCCCUGCGGCCGGGGCAGCCCUUCCCCUUCGGCCGCGGCAAGCGCUGCCUGUUCCGCUGGCGCCCGGACUCGCUUUUCGCCGCGCUCCGCCGCCGCCCGCUCCGCGCCCUGCUCCUGGCGCUGCCCGCCGGGCUCGCCCCGGGACCCCCCAGCCUCCUCGGCAGCUGCGCCGUGUCCCUGGCCCCCGCCGCCGAGCUGCUGCAGGGGCCCGGGGCGCCCUCCUCCUGCGGGCACCGGGGCCGCUUCGCGGUGCGGGACACCGCGGGCCGCCCCGUCGGGGAGCUGGUCCUGGGCUACCGCCUCACCAGCCUGGAGGCCGGCGAGGCGAGUCCUGCCAGCCCCCGCGCUGCCACACCGCCCCCCACCACCCCUGAACCGCGAGACGAAGAGGAGGAGGAGGAGAAGGAAGAGGAGGAGGAGGAAGAAGAGGAGGAGGGUGAGCAGCUGGAAGGCAACGUCUUUUGCCCUCCGCUGCUCUAUUUCAGCCGUGAGCCGGCUGAGCCUCCGCGGCCGCCAGCAGCAAUGGGGCAAUGGAAGCAUGUUGAGCCCCAGAGAGGGCAGAAGGACAGGGCCCACAGCCCACCACGCCCCAGUGCUGGGCCCUCGCUGCUGCACCCCGCCAGCCCUCGACAGCCCCACAAGAGCCUGGUGCAGCUACCGCUGCUCAGUGCCUUGCUGGCGGAGCUGUCGGUGCUCACACGCAGCGCUGUCCCUGCUGCUGCUGUCCACCCCCAUCUUGCCUGGCUCUACGAGGCCCCGGGGAGUGGGGAAACGGCCUCACGGCCCCCCAGUCGCUCCGCUGCCCUCAGGCCUGCAGAGACACCUGUGGAGCCUGGCAGGAGCAGUGAAGUCACGAGCCCUCAGUUCAAACAAGGCUGUCAAAAGGCCACCUCCCCAGGGUCUUCUGGGGCUGGGAGAAGACCAAAGAAAGCUGUGCCCCAGGAACAGCCAGCCUGUGAAAGGAACUGCAAAGCUAAGGAGAACAGACCUCCCAGAAAGAAACUGUUGUAUGGGCUGACAAAUACACUGAGACUACGCCUGCAGCAGACCAACCCGGGUACGCUGGUAAUUCAUGAAAGGAGGGAGCAGUACAGAAAAAAGCAAAUGGGGAUGCUGAAAGAGAGAAGCCCCUUACCCAAGAGAAAGCUGGGCAGAAGUACUGAAGAACAGCAUAUGGUGUCUUGCAGGCAUUGUAGCACGGGAGGCACUUCAAAGCGGAAUAAUCAGUUGGAUAAAAUUGUUCAGACUUCAUUUGAAAACAGUGCUCUCCCAGAGUCUAUUUCUGUAACAGGAGAUGUGUCCCCUGGCCUGCAGAAGCAGUCUAUUGCAAGUCUAUCUAGGAACGAUUCAAUUGCAAGCAAGGAAAGUCCUUACAAAAGAACUACAGCCCCCUUACAGGAGGAAACUGGGUUAAAAUCUGCUCAUGAGGAAACGUAUGCAAAAGCUCAACUUCCAGCAGUAUUCCCAUCAGAUGCUAAUGCAAAAGGAAGUUACAGUGAUGCAACACACUUAAUCCAUCAUAAAACCAUGGAGCAUGAUGAUGUGUCUGUUUUAAGUGGUCAUACACAGAGCCCCUGCAGGAGUGCUGAAAACAACUCUGAAUUCAUAUACUCUGAUGACUUUGUGGCUAGUCCAGAGAACACAGUUUACUCAGAGGAUUUCACCAGUGAGCGUACAGGCAGAGACUCAAAAGUUUUUGACAGCAGUCCUGAACCUCUGUGGCUUGAAAGACCAAAGCAAGAUAGGUCAGAUACAGAGCCAGAAUCCAGCAGGUCCAGAAUUUCAAAGACAAGUCAAAGAGCUCAAAGUACUUCAGAUCUUGUGCCAGUUCCUUCAGCUUCAUCUCCAGUCCAGCCUCUGAGGAGAAACUGUGACUUUAAAACCAGCAUGGGAACUAGUGCUGAAUCUGCUGGUUCACUUAACCUUGCUGAGAUGGAGGCAUCAUUACUAGAUGAAGAGCAGAAAGCCCAACAGAUGAGUAAGGAAGACAAGAAGGGUGAUCGACAUAUUAAAGAAAUAUCUAUACUUAGAAGCAAACAAGUUACAUCUGACACUGAUCUAAAUUCAGGAAAGGAACAGACCUCUACAGGACAAAAGCAGUCAGUAACUCAAGUUAGCUCUUACUUGCCAUCUGACAUGUCUGAUCUUGAACUUAAUGUCCUGGAAAACAGUAUGUCAGACAAAGAAGAUGAUUUUCUAGAAAAUCUACAUGGUCCGAAUCAGUGCAAAGACAUCAGUGAACUUGUAAUAAACAAGCUCCCAGGAUAUACAAUGUAAUUAUAAGGUUUCACUGUCUGGAUUAGAUACAAUAUUUAAACUUUGUAAAUCUUGUUACAUGUAGUUGCACUAUGUGCAAGUUAAUUUAAGAUUCCAUCGUGCACAUUUAUUACAUCAGUGAAUUUAGUUGUGAGAUUUUUUAAAUAAACUACUGUUUGAAGCUCU